AGUGAUGUGGCUCGUUCUGACUCUGUUGCUGCUGCUGUCUCUGUCUGUGGGACACACGGUGGAACCGGGAUGUGAUGACUGGAGAAUAGAUUCCUCAUCCGCUGACAAAGUUUGCUGUAACAGAUGUAAGCAAGGAAACCGCCUGGUGUUUGAUUGUGGUUCAGACACGAAGCAGCUGUGUGAGCCGUGUACAAACGGAACAUACACUGACACCUUUACUGCCAGUUUCUGCAAAAGAUGCACCGAAUGCAUAAGUCCACUGAGAGUGAAGCGGCUCUGCACUGCCAGCACUGAUACAGUGUGUGAGUGCGCUCAGGGAUUUCGGUGUGGAGAUCAAUCCUGCUCCUUCUGCAUCCAAGAGUGUGGUGAAGGAGAAGAACCUACAGAGCACAGAGGUUGCCAGCCUUGCCCUGCAGGAACAUUCAACAGUCAGAUCCAUCAUCACUGCGUUAAGUGGAGAAGCAGCUGCCCAUCACCGGAUCAGCAGAUUGUGGCUGCGGGGACGGCCGUCAGUGACAUCGUCUGUGCUGAUCUAAAACCCACCACGCCAAGGCCAGACGUUAAAUCAGAUCCGGGGCUGAUGCUGGUCAUCGCUAUCAUUUGUACCUGCUUGAUCAUCAGUGCAGCAAUGCCGCUGUGCAUGGUCAUGUAUUUUAAAAAGGAAAAGACAGUGAAGAUGCCACCCAUGCCUGUGGAAACUCCAGCUGGUGAAGCAGGGCGGAGGCUGGUGCCUGAACCUGAGCAGUGCAGUUUCUGUUUUCCGCAGGAGGAACGCGGCAGUAAUUCAUCUCUGCUCUUGGACGAUAAGCCCUUUGAGCUGGUCGUGUGACAACAAGAUUUCCUAAUUACUCUUUUUAUAAAUAGUGCUUUCUAAAACAAAUAGUUUUUCAAAUUUUCUACAAAGCUUUAUGAAUUAGAUUUUUGAAUCUGCCUGGUGCAGGAUUCUUUAAUCAUAUCUAAA